UCCCAGUCCCCUCUAGUGCCACCGGCGCACUCGAAGCCACACAUCCAACCCUGCCUUCCCUCCAGAUCCCCCGCUAUCUCAUCACCACAGCCCGUCAUCGCCCCAGAUUCGAUGAAGUCGCGCGCGAGCCUAUCGUCUUCGCCGGCGCUCGCGAGUGCGGUGGGAUAAACGCGCCCGCUGUGAUUGGCUCGCGCGCCCGGGCCGGGCUCCCGGGGGCGUUUGUGAGGCUUCUGGCGCCUGGCGCCAAGUACUUACUUGGCUGUGGUGGAACUCUAUCGUGGUAUGCACUCGCUGUCGUCGUCUCGCUCUGGCUGGGGUGGGGAGUCAGUCGAUGGAUGUUGCUUGCUGGUGCGCUCGCCGCGUCGGGUCGUCGAUGGCCAGUAAGCCUUCGCCCAACUCCGCCUCCAAUUGCGGGCUCUUGUGACGGUGCAUCGUCUCACACAAGACACGACUUCAGUCUACUCGGGACGGCAAAUGGCGCGCAGGGUACGAUCCGAUACAGAAAUGAACCGACGCUGAUGACGGCGGCCGGCAGAGACAACGCUAACACUGACGCACCCCAGGAGCUCCCACCACACCUACUGCACAGCGCGACCCCCGGACGGGGUCCCUUCGACAUCGCAAUCACUCGAAGAACGAUCGAUGUGGAGCCGCGCGACGGGGAGCUCGAGCUUGAGCCUGGGGGAAGCACCGCCAACUCCGUGGGGACCUGCCAACCGUCCGACCAUUCGAAUUCGUGCGUCCCCAGGCUCCUGCUCGUUUGGCGCCCUCUGGCUUCGCGAAGGGCUUUGGGCUUGUCGUGCGCGCAGAACCAACGCGGAGGCGCUGGGUGGGCGGUUGCGGCGUGGGUGGACCAGGAUUGCUUGCAGCUUCGGUGCUGGGGGCCCGGCACGCUGUGUGCUCUUUCUUCUCUGGUGCAUGCAAACACGUCUCGCUCUUCGCUCGCCCGUUCCAAACUUACCCCCCGAGUCUCGACCCGCGGCCACACCCUGCUUGACUCGACUCGGCCGGCACGUCGCCGUCCGACGCGGGGUGGCCUCCGAGUCUGCUCAUCCCAACCGUCACUGACAGUGCUAGGCUCCUCCCGUCCGGAUCACGGAUCACACAUAGACGGGGAACGGAGGACGCGCGGGUGGGCGGGCGUCGUCUCCCGGAGUUACAGCGUGCAUAAUGCUACUGCGCGCGCCCGAGUCUACUGUGACAGCGUCGAACCCCAAUGGUGAUGCGCAAUCCGCGUGUUUAUGUCGAGUGUGGGGAGGGCGUUCGUGUCUGUGUCAAAUGUGAAAUGCGGAUGGCUUGCUGUGACUCUAACGUUCGUGGCCACUGGCAAACGCCCUGGGCCUGGCGUUGCGGAGCGCGCGCGCCGCGAGCCUGAGGUGUGGUUUGUGCGGGUCGGACGUGGGAUGG